AUGGGUAGCGACUGGAGUUCUGUGAAAAAUGAAGUGGAAGCAUUAUAUGAGAUGGUGGAUAGCCCACACUUUAAGGAUGUUGUGUGGAGCAAGAGUGGGCGGUGCAUUGUCAUAAGGAAUCCUGAGAUGUUUGGGUUUGUUACCGGACCACUUUUUGGACUCUAUGGAGGAAUGGAGGAGCUCAGAAAGCUCUUGUCGAACUACGGAUUCAUAAGAAUUGAAAAGUCAAAGCACCUGAAGUAUUAUAACAAGUUUUUCAGGAAAGGGGAGAAGAAUCUCCUUGGGAUGAUUUACAGGUCCUGGGGUAUGGACGGUCUGGAAAUACCGGAAAAAGAGGUUGACUCUAUGAACGAGAGCUGCUGUGCCAUGAUGAACGAGGUCAAUUGCAUGAUUCUGAAGCUUAAGGAGAAUGAGCAGAGGAUUUCUGAGCUUCGAAAUGUACUGUUUUCUCUAUGCUCAUAUAUGGGGACUCUGAAGCCAUAUCACACACUCGAGACCAUGGGAUACGACCCGAGUAACGAAAUGAAGUUUGGGCCAACAAUGUCCAGGUGGGCUGAUGAGCAUCUGAGAAGCAACAUGGUCUGCUCGUUUGGAUUUCUUGACGAGGUUGGAGACUUUCAGGCACACAAGCCAUGCAAUAGAGGUGAGAAAGGGAAGAGGCGGCAUAAUAGGGUUAAGGGGGUGGAUGUGAGGUUCAAUGCGAAAAGACAAAAGGUUGACGGCACCGUAGACAAUCUCCAGUAG